AUGCAGGAUAGUGCAAAUUAUUUCGAGGACUCGAACACAGUUGUGGUGUUAAACCCAUUAAUUAAUGAGUUCAAAUCCAUCGACUGCUACCCCAUCAGAUGUCUCCUCUCUGACGCCAGUUGUACUAGCUUAGUUUGUGCUGGGUUCGGAUUCGACCCCGUAUCUAAAGACUAUAAGGUAUUGAUGGAUGUCGACAACAGCUUCAGCACUGAAUAUAAUCCCGACGAUCCCCGUUAUGUGGUGUGCUCCCUGAAGACUGGUUCUUGGCGUCCUGUAUCUAAUUAUCCUCAACCUCCGUUAGAUGAUACGCCCAGGUGGUACUCAAUAGAACGCAACUCUAUUUACAUAGAUGGGAUUAGUUAUUCGCUUGCAUGUGACAACAAUUUAAGGAGUCUUUUCGGCAUAGUUUCCUUCAACUUUGCCACUGAAGAAUUCUCGUGGUCCCGAUGGCGACAUGUAAACGACGAGUGUUUUUGGCCUAAUGGGUACUGCCUGGUAGAAUAUGAGGGGUUGCUCGGUUGUGUUCUUUUUCAUGAUGUGGAAGGCAUGACGAAAUUCCAUUUGUUGGUUAGAGAGAAUGAGUCGUGGGCUCAGGUGACCAGCUUCCGUGUUCCCGGAGCAAGUAGACCCGUGGCGUGCUUGGGUAAAGACAAGUGGUUUUUCAAAGGAAAAAAGAACGAGCUGCUGUUUUUCGAUCCCACCGCCGUGGACCCCAAGCCUGUCUGCAUUUAUGACUUGCCCAAGUAUGCAGAAAUUAUUCCGUUUGUGGAAAGCACAAUCUGGCCCUGUGCUAUAAGGAAUAAGCCUGAUGGCGGGCAGUUUUGUGCUAAUUAA